UACCUUCCAGACGACGAUCGUCCGUGAGCUCAUACCAAUAUCGCGUACCCGCGGCGGUCUUAAAUCCGCCGAGGGAAAACGCGCGCGGAUUUAUUUAACUGGUGCUUCAAAUACCAGUGAACAGAUCCGCGAUUUUUAAUUAUAACAUUAUUCCAUUGAAAAUUGAACAAAAAAAGCUUCAAUGGGCGUAAAAUAUAUUAAUUUAAAUUUGAACGAGACCAAAGUUGGCCACACGAAUCGAUUUUGAUGGUUGAGAGAACUUGUUUCACCAAAUUGCAACAUGAAUAAUUAUAAUUAUAUAUUUUCGCAAUUAAAGUUCAUGCGAUGAUCUAUUAAUUGUUUAAAAUAUCAUAUACAGUGAUGUGUGCAAGAUUCCAGCGUAAUAUUUGCAUAAUUUGCCACUUGAAAGGUAUUUAAAAAUGAAGAGCUGUUCCGAAGCCCGAGAAAGUGUAAUCGCGUGCCUUCGCGAUACGAUGAGGCACGGAUUAGUUUAUCGAGGAGCAAAGAGGGAUUUUUAAUUCUUAUAAUUAUAAAUAUCAAUUUAAUAAUUAACAAUGAUAUUCAAUGAAGAAUGCGGAAUCAAUUAACUCCUAAUUAUAACAUGGAUCAAGUGCAUGAGAUCAGGCACGUGAGCUUUUGAAUAUCGCCCAGCUGCGAAGCACCCUUCUUCGAUUCGAGGGUGAAAAUGGAGGAUUCACCGGCGCGAAUGCGUCCCUAUCUCGACUCUUGGGAUGUAAGUAACGAGGACAAAUACUCCGUAGCCAACAGCCAAGCGCCGCUUCAGGGAGCGGAAGAAGAUCAUCCGGAAAGAGGCGAAUGGACGGGAAAGUUCGACUUUCUUUUAUCUCUUCUUGGCUACAGUGUCGGCCUUGGGAAUGUAUGGAGAUUUCCUUAUCUAUGCUAUUCAAAUGGGGGUGGCGCAUUUUUGAUCCCGUUUACCGUCAUGCUGAUUAUCGCUGGACUUCCCCUCAUGUUCAUGGAGCUUUCUCUAGGUCAAUACGCGAGCCUCGGUCCGGUAGCUGCUUACAAAAGGUUUUGUCCUUUACUUCGGGGUCUGGGUUACGGAAUGGUUCUCGUAAGUUCGAUCGUGAUGCUCUACUACAAUCUUAUCAUCGCUUGGACCCUAUAUUACAUGUUCGCCUCGGUGGCUGGUGUUGGAGUACUUCCUUGGGGUCAUUGCGAUCCAGCAUGGAGUACUCCAGAUUGUUAUACCCCAGAAGCAGCGGAAAAUUGCGCCCGAAGAAACACAACAUAUUACAGAGGAAAUUGUCUUAAUUACACGCAAAUGUCAAGCAUUGAUUUAGAAGAUAACUCAACUACUGUCGUCCGAAAACCCCCUGCCGAGGAGUAUUUCAACAAUCACGUCCUAGGAUUGAGCGUUGGGAUCGAAGAAACGGGGUCAAUACGUCCGGCUUUAGCCGUCUGUUUGUUUCUGGCCUGGGUCAUUGUUUUUCUUUGUCUGAGUAAGGGUGUUCAGAGUUCUGGAAAGGUCGUUUACUUCACAGCCCUCUUUCCGUACGUCGUUCUGAUCGCUCUAUUCAUCCGUGGUAUACUUUUGCCUGGUGCCAAAGAGGGAAUUUUAUUCUACCUAACGCCAGAUUGGCGCCGUUUAACGUCGGCAAAGGUUUGGGGCGACGCUGCGGUUCAAAUAUUUUUCGCCUUAAGUCCGGCUUGGGGAGGUUUAAUUACUCUCAGCUCGUACAACAAAUUUACCAACAACUGUUACAAGGACUCUCUAAUCGUGGCUGUAAGCAAUAUCGGUACAUCAUUUUUUGCCGGUCUCGUAAUAUUCUCCGUAAUCGGAUUCCUCGCAAACGAACUGAACGUCCCAGUCGCAUCUGUCGUCGACCAGGGUGCUGGUCUCGCUUUCAUCGUCUAUCCCGAGGUUGUCGCUCGUCUUCCGGUCGCACCCCUGUGGUCGUUACUAUUUUUCGUUAUGCUUUUAACCCUUGGUUUGGACUCUCAAUUUGCUCUGAUGGAGACGGUCACUACGGCGAUACUCGACGGUGUACCCGCACUAAGAAAUUAUAAAUUCUGGGUCGUCCUAGCAGCUGCUAUCCUCGGAUAUGCAGGUGGUCUCAUUUUCACAACCAACGCAGGGAUGUAUUGGCUGCAAUUGAUGGAUAAAUACGCGGCUAAUUGGUCGGUUCUAUUGAUAGCAAUUAGUGAAUGUAUCCUUGUGGCUUGGGUGUACGGAGCGGAUCGAUUUUUGGACGAUGUUGAACAAAUGAUAGGUCCUCGAGGUCGUUGUUGGCGUUUCUUCUGGACCUGGAUGUGGAAGGUUAUUACACCCGCGGCCCUUUUCUUCAUUUUGUUUUUCAAUUGGGUAGAAUAUGAGCCGAUGCGUCUCGGUCUUUACAUUUAUCCGCGAUGGGCGGAUAUCGUUGGAUGGACAGUUGGUAUGCUGCCAGUCUUCGUAAUCCUUGCGUUUGCUAUCAACCAGCUCGACAUUGGGAGCAAAAGUUCACGUCGUCGUAAACGAGGUUCCCGGCACCCGGGAUACGACGAUGACGACGUCUACGAGGACGACGAUCUUGACGAUCUAGACUCCAAGGGAAAAUCGAAAGGAUCGCGCAGUUCCAUAUGGUGCAGAGCUCGAUUCCUUUUACAACCAACCCCUGAAUGGGGUCCAGCAACACCGUCCAGGGCGCAAUCACGUACCCCACCCCCAUCGUCACGCGGGGGCGCAGGAAGAUCUUCUUCGGGGGUGUAUGAAUCGGCACGUGACACGAUCGUAUUGGUGAAUGGAAAGCCUAUGGUACAGCCCCCUUUGUAUCCAGGGGGUGUACCCGGUGGGCCAGCGAAAUUACCUGGGCCUUCGAUAUUAAAAAAUUCUAGCAAAACCGAUCUAGUCUGCGCAUCGCAGCAGGUCUGAUAAUAAAUCGGUUUAUUAAUUGGUCGUACAAGCGCAAUUAUCGGUAUGGUAAUUGUUCACACGGUUAUUUAGAUUCAUGUAAACGAGUAUGGAUUAGAGUCUGGAGCCUAUAGAUACUAGAGAAUCCCGGAGCUGUGUUAGGUGGUAUAAUAGAUAGUUAUUCGGUAUUCGACGUGUAAGCAUGUGUAUAACUAAGUGUCUAUACAUAUAUAAAUAUAGGUGUCUUAUAGGAUCGGCCGAAUCACCCUCGCAUCUGCAGGCCCGCGGCAGGGAAAAAAUAUUCAGAGUCAGCUGUAUGCGGUAAACUGGUUUAUCGCAAUCAUGCUACAGACUGGCGCUGACUCACGUUACUCUCUGAAUUGAUUUCGGUGAAUAAUUAGAAACGUUCAGUCAUCGAAUAUCAUAAUAAUACAUCAGUAAGAAAAUCGAUCCACAACAGAUUCCAUGCACGAAUCAAUGAAAUCUUCACUGAAAUUAGGUCAGAGAGUGAAUAAUGAAAAUUGAAAAGUGGAUAAUCAAAAUUAACGUCAUCUAUUUUUUUACAGCCAAUAAUUGUCAGGGGUUAACCAAAUGUUCCGAAGUCAGUUUAGCGAGUACGGCAAAUAGUCUUCCCAUUUCGAAAGGGAAACAGGGUUGAUUUCUUCUUGUUUUCGGACAUCAAAAAUAAUCGAUCGUUUCCAGAAAUCUUUCUUCUUCCCCGUUCGUUCUUUUUUUUGUACAGUUUCGUUUUGUCGUUUGAUUUUUUUAUACAUAUAUAAGCAGGGUAAACGGUAUAACAAUCAUAUAUAUACCGCCUCCGCCUUCCGCAGUUCGUUUUUUCGAAAGGAACAUGAAGAAGCUGCGCCCUUAUAUCAUAUACCUGACUAUAAAUUAUAUUCCAUUAGUGACAAAUAAUAUGAGUAUAUAUAUAUAUAUACAUAUAUCGAUUGUUAUAUUUGUAUCAAUGUUUUUUAUAUUUGUAAGAAUACGUUAUUUUGUUACGGCUACGCGCUGGGCGUGGGUCAACUUAUAUUGCGAUGUGUCGAUUAGUUAAAUAUACAUUUACCGACGAUAAUGAGAAGUCAACGGCUACACGUAUUAUUAUAACAUUCACAUCUGCAAUUCAACAAUUUUUCGACGUAUGAAACAAUGAAACAAAAAAAAAUAAUAAUUACCGAAUAUAUUAACAAAUGUAUCUACAUAGAACUGCGGGAGAAAUUAAGUUAUAAAAUUCGAGCAUGUCAUUGUAGUCGUGAAUGUUAAGUUAGAUGAUCAAGAACAGAAAAAAAUAAUAAUUAAAAUAAUAACACUGUCAUAGUGAGAAUUUAUAUAGAAGCCUGCUAAUAAAAAAUAAAGGUACAGAAAAUUAAUAAUGAUCGAAGAAUAUCAGGCGAUCGACUGAAUUAUAAUAUCAGGUUCGUCAAACUAUUGGAAUGGAGAAUUGAAGUAUAAUACUGGAUUAGCACAAAUUGGAAGCAAAAAAAUUAAAAUAAAUUGAUAAACCGUCUGGAAAUAUUAUAUACUCACAGAAGUAUUAUUAGUGAACCAAACUCGAGGGUGUUGAGUCAAUAAAUCUCAAAACAUUAUUAGUAUACGUAAUAUACAUAAACAUAUAUUUCAUGUAGCUGUACGUACAAUGCAUAACAUAUGUUCCUUGAUAACGGUUAUCGAUUGAACAUCAAAAAAAGUAGAGGAGAAACAAACAAUUAAUAUAAAAAAUAUAAAAAUACAAAAAUGCACGUGUAUAGCCAUUUAAUCCGGUAUAUAAAUAAUCGUAUAAUAUAUAUAGGUGCUAUCGUCUACCCUACUUAUGUCAUGCGCCUGCGGUGUACUAUACGCGUUCAUAUUGUAUAAUAUACGGUAAUAUUGAUAUAACAAUAAUAAAAAUAAUUAAAUCAUGAUAACGAUAUAAUAUAGCGCUAGUGAGAGUAAUAUUAACAAUAAUUGUAAGUCGAAGGAACGGUGUGCAACAAUAAUGAUUACUUAAGCGGGUUGAUUUAAUUUUUUUUUUACUUCUUUUGAUUAUGUGAUUUCUUAAGCUACUUGAGUGAAAAGUGCGAUAUUUUAGGGCAAAAAAAAAAAGAUUGAACCUACAGGGAUUGAAGGAAUAACGAUGGAAGAUAUAUUAUAACUAUUUUCUUGCAGAUAUAAUGAUCGCGUAUUUUUAUCAGAUCAACUAGGUCACUUUUUGACAACUAUAGUCUGUUUGUAUGAAUUGUAACCGUUUGAUCUCGAAUGAAAGAACGAAAAAGUUUGAAGUGGAACCUAUAAUACUGUCUACAGGUAUUACAUUUCAUGUAAAUAGGUGUUGUAUGAUGGGAGACGAGUGCAAAAAUAAAAUCGUAUUUUGUUAGAAAGAUAUAUUAGGUAUAAUGUAUUAAUAGAUUAAAUUAGGAACCAGACGAUUAGAAAUCCGCGUACCUAACUAAACCUUCUUGUUGAUUAUAAAAGGCAUACGGAAUUGUCCAAAUCUACAUAUAUUAAUUUACCUCUAAUCUAUAAUAUUAAUAGAGUUGUAUAGUUGGUUGAAGAUGUUACAUAUAUUCAUAUAAUAAUUUACAAUAGUAUAUAUAUAUGUUAUGUAUAUAUAUAUAUAUAUA